AUGCCGACUCCGACGAGGUGAUUGUGAAGGUCGAGGCCCACGGUGAGGUCGAGGUCAAGAGGGAGCGAAUCCAUGCCGACCACGGCGAGGUGAAGGUUGAAGCCGCCGGCGAGGUCGAGGUAAAGAGGGAGCCAAUCGAUGCGGACUCCGACAAGGUGAAGCUUGAAUCUCCCUCCGUGGUCGAGGCCAAGAUCAAGAGGGAGCCCAUCGAUGCCGACAUCAAGCAUGGCCGGGUCAAGAAGGAGGAGCAACCCGACGAGAUCAAGGUCCCGGUAAAGGAGGAACAACGCAAAACUGCGUCGCCGCGCCAUGUAAAGGAGGAGGAAGAGGACGACGACUCUAGUGACGACGAGGUGGAGAUCAUUGAUCCCCCGCCGAAGUCCAAGAAGAGAAACCGCGAGGAUGACGACGACGUGGUCUUCAUCGAUCUCACGACGUCCCGCCCGGCGCCUUACCUGAACCCAAAGCCCCUCCGGGGAAUGCCGCCGCCGGGCGCCACGCCACCGGCGGAGCUCGACGAGUACCCACCGGACCACCGCGAAUGGGUCUUCUUCACAAAGUCCUACGCCACCGGGCUGUCGACUUGUCGCGGGAGGAAGUGGCUGGACGCCGGCGAGGUCGUCCACUUCGCCUUCCCUUCGCACGAAGGCAGGAUCAGGGUGCCGUACAGGCAGGCGGUGGCGUUGGCAGAGAUCGUGCGCUUCUCGACAAACCGAUCUGGAGAGAUCGGGAAGUUGUCUCCCGAGUGGGCGAGGUGCCUUGCCCCGCUGGUGAGUUCUUCCAAGGUUAUGAUCCAGGGGAAGAUGGUGUUUCCGAUGAUGGAGCUCAGGCUGAUGCAGGAGGUGUUGCUGUAUGUCAGCUUCUACAUCCACCGCUCGUCCUUGUACCUGAUUUCUCCUAAAAAUGAAUGUCAUCCAAACAAUCCCCUCCGCGGCCUCUUCAAGUUGCUUCGGCGAUUCGGUGUAGCUGAAGCCUGAAGCCCGACGUACGUCCCACUGACGUUGCCCCACUGACGUGUGGGCCCGGGGCCACAUGCCAGUGGACGCCACGGCACGUCAGGCGAUCCGCUUCCGAAGCGCGAAGCUCCUGACGAGGACAAGCCUGGCGUUUGGGUCAACAUGGAGCGACAUACACUGACUUGCUUAUGGUAGCGUCAGGAUCUCGUUAGAAUGUCAGGAUCUCGUUAGUGUACCAUUGCGUCGGGUAAUUGUGGUAAUGUAAUGGGGGAGCUAGCUUAGCUUGUGCUUGGUACGUCUGCUUCUCCCCUGCGUCCGGUUUGGUGGAUGCCGGGGCUGCGGCCCCGGACGGCUGAUGUGCGUUGAGGCGGCCGCCUUGGAAAGCGAUGCUUCACGCGGCUCCAUAGGACGGGGCAGCGGCUCGGCCUUCGCUUGGAUGCCAAUCUUGGGACACUUGUGGUAGGGUUGUCGGCUCGGUCCAUUUUUUUUUCGAACGAAGACGCUAGGAGCGUCUGACUUUAAAUUAAUAAAGUCAACAACAUA